UCCACAUCUUCCUCUGGAAGACAAUUGGCAGGUCUAACCUCCAGAUGCCUGCGCUACGCAUCCUACCGACAUGUUUUCCAACAUGGUAUCGAUUGGCGGCUGUGCAUGCCAGACCAUGAGCGCUUUCGAGCGGCUCUUCCAUGGCUCCGUGACCGACCUCGGUUGACCCAACCCCAAGAAUGCGGAGAUCGCUCCAAUCGCACCUAGCAGCACAGCUCGCCUUCUUUAACUCUCCCCGUGCUCAGUUCUGACGACUCUACAAUCCUCAAGAACAAUAUGCGGGCAGUUUCGGCGAUAGCGUCGCCUUUGAGGCGUAUGGCACCCAUGACGGUGCGUCAGGGAUCCAGGCGCUGCUUCUCCAGCUCAAAGAAUCUCCAAGCAACAUGGGGAUUCAUUGGGCUUGGACGUAUGGGAUUCCCGAUGGCUAAGAACCUGAGGGCAAAACUCCCCGCUGAAGACACCUUGUUUGUGCAUGAUGUGAACACAGCGGCCACUUCGAAAUUCCUGGAAGAGCACCCUGAAGGAGUCCGAGUGGCCGACAAUGUCCGCGAGGUUGCAGAAAAGGCGGAAACCAUCAUCACUUCUUUGCCAGAGCCGCAUCAUGUUGCUGGUGUCUAUAAACAGAUGCUAGAGCCACCAAGUCUUUUGACCGAUGGCUUUGUGACCACCGAGAGAUUGUUCAUUGAUUGCUCCACAAUUGAUCCAAUGACCUCUAAGUCUGUGGCAGAUGCCGCUCACUCGUCCGGGCAGGGCAGGUUUAUCGAUGCACCGAUGUCCGGUGGUGUAGUAGGUGCUCAGGCCGGGACCCUUACCUUCAUGAUUGGAGCGGCUCCUGAAGUAGUUGAGCGUGCCACUGCUGUUCUGUCCAUGAUGGGCCGAAGAGUGCUGCAUCUGGGCGAACAAGGUUCUGGCUUGCACGGAAAGCUUGCCAACAAUUACCUGCUUGCCCUCAACAACAUUGCUACCGCAGAGGCCAUGAAUAUGGGAAUUCAGUGGGGCCUGGAUCCUAAAGCUCUUGCUGGAAUGAUCAACAUCAGUACUGGCAAGUGCUGGCCGAGUGAAGUCAACAAUCCCGUUCCAGGCGUCGUUGAAGGAUCGCCUGCUUCAAGAGGCUACGAGGGUGGCUUUGGCGUUAGCCUCGCCAACAAGGACCUCAAGCUCGCCAUCAAGUCAGCUAAGGAAUCUGGAAUUAAGCUUGCGCUGGGAGACCAAGCGAAGGCAUUCUAUGACGAGGUUGAGGCAGCCGAAAACUGCAAAGGUCGGGACUUUUCAGUUGUAUAUAGGCACCUGGGCGGUAAAGAAUAGCUGGCCAAAUCUUUACAGUGCUCUACAAUCAAUACCAAAUGAAUUUAGAUGAUUACAAUUUGCC